UCAGGGGCGGGAGGCGGGCCCGGAGGAACGUUGACGUCCGGCUCUCGGAGGUCCGGAACCCGCGCCGCUGGCCCGAGGUCGCCGAGGAGAGGCCCUGCAACACCGCCCCAUGGCCGUCGCGCUGCUCGCCCGGGCCUGCGGCCCCGUCCGCGGAGCCCUGUGUCCCUGCAACUGGCGUCAGUUACACACCAUCUACCAGUCCGUGGAACUGCCUGAGACACACCAGAUGCUGCGUCAGACGUGCCGGGACUUUGCCGAGAAGGAGCUGAUGCCCAUCGCGGCCGAGGCAGAUAAAGAGCAUCGCUUCCCGGCAGCGCAGGUGAAGAAGAUGGGCGAGCUGGGGCUCCUGGCCAUGGACGUGCCCGCGGAGCUGGGUGGGGCGGGCCUGGACUACCUGGCCUACGCCAUCGCCAUGGAGGAGAUCAGCCGCGGCUGCGCGUCCAGCGGCGUCAUCAUGAGCGUCAACAACUCCCUCUACCUGGGGCCCAUCAUGAAGUUCGGCUCCCAGGAGCAGAAGGCUCAGUGGGUCACGCCCUUCACCAGCGGCGACAAGAUUGGCUGCUUCGCCCUCAGCGAACCAGGGAACGGCAGUGACGCGGGAGCCGCCAGCACCACUGCCCGGGCAGACGGGGACUCGUGGGUCCUGAACGGCACCAAAGCCUGGAUCACCAACUCCUGGGACGCCUCGGCCACCGUGGUCUUCGCCAGCACAGACAGGUCCUUGAAGAACAAGGGCAUCAGCGCCUUCCUGGUCCCCAUGCCCACACCCGGGCUGACGCUGGGCAAGAAGGAGGACAAGCUGGGCAUCCGGGCCUCGUCCACCGCCAACCUCAUCUUCGAGGACUGUCGCAUCCCCAAGGAGAACCUGCUGGGGGAGCCGGGCAUGGGCUUCAAGAUCGCCAUGCAAACCCUGGACAUGGGCCGCAUCGGCAUCGCCUCCCAGGCGCUGGGCAUCGGCCAGGCCGCCCUGGACUGUGCCGUGAACUACGCCGAGACACGCAUGGCCUUCGGGGCGCCCCUCACCAAGCUGCAGGGCAUCCAGUUCAAGCUGGCGGACAUGGCGCUGGCGCUGGAGAGUGCCCGGCUGCUGACCUGGCGUGCUGCCAUGCUCAAGGACAACAAGAAGCCGUUCACCAAGGAGGCAGCCAUGGCCAAGCUGGCGGCGUCGGAGGCUGCAACGGCCAUCAGCCACCAGGCCAUCCAGAUCCUGGGGGGCAUGGGCUACGUGACCGAGAUGCCAGCCGAGCGCCACUACCGGGAUGCGCGGAUCACCGAGAUCUACGAGGGCACCAGCGAGAUCCAGAAGCUGGUCAUUGCCGGGCACGUGCUCAAGAGUUACCGGAGCUGAGCACGGGGCCCCGGGGCCACGGACCGAGGGAAGGGGCGCCCGCCACGUGGCCCGCACCUGCCGGCCAGCCAGACUGGGCACCCCGGGCCGCCGCAGGGUGAGACCUGCUGGAAGGGCUCAGCCCGCCCUCCCCAGGCCGGUGCUGGGGGCCCGAACUGUCGGGUGACACCCCUACUCCGCCGGGCGCCUUGGCUGUGCCCCUGCACCUCUGUGCCUUGUCUCUCACAGGCCCUGGCACCAAUGGGCCGCUCGGUUCCGGGUGCUGGGCCGUGGGCCCGGCGUCUGGCAGGAGGCGCUGGACGGACCGUUUUGCCCCAGGUCAGGGGCUGGCUGCUCUGUGGCCACCAGCCCCUUUCCCUGCUCCUCUGCGCGCCUGCUGGGGGGCGGGUCCGGAAUAAAGCUCGUUCCCCCGC